CACCAACCCCCAGCCUGCAGCCCCGCUCCAUUCCACCGCCAUAGCCGCAGGAAAAUAUCAAAUCGGCGCCGCCAGGAGCCACAGAAAGGGUUUCCCCGCGCAGAAUCCUCCGAAUUCCUCACUCCGGCGCCGCCCCGGGGCCCGGAUUUAGGGUUUAUGCAUGGCGUCGGACCCUCCCGGCGACGGCGACGGCGGGGAGGAGCCGACGCCGGGCCCCGCCCCGGCCGCGGAGGCGCCGGCUGCUCCCGCCGCUCCCGCCAUGCGGCGCUGGCCCGCGGAGAUCAAGGUCUACGCCCGCAAGUACCCCCGCAAAAACCCUAAACCUCCUCCUCCCGAACCAGCCCCCGCCCCCUCCUCAGCUCCCGCUCCCGCUCCCGCCCCCGCCCCCGACCCUAACCCUAAUCCCCUUUCCGAAACCCUAUCUUCGAUUCGCCGCUCCAUCCGCCGCGCGGAGGCCGGGGGAGCUGCUGCGCGGCCCGAUCCGGUCGCGGCUGCCUCGACCCUCGCCCCAGCGAGGCCUGGGGGACGCGGUGCCGCUUCCGGGGACCCCUCGUCGGGGAAGGACCGGGAUAGCAGCGGCGGCGGCGGCGUUCCCAACGGCCACGGCGACGACCGGGCGGCUGAGAAGGCACGGAAGCGCAGGGUGAGGAGCGAGCUGCGGCGGCGGCUGGCGGGGGAGCUCGACCAGGUGCGCGUGCUCUCCAGGCGCCUCAAGGAGGCUGCCGAGACCCUGGCGCAGCAGGAGGCUUCCGCGCCCGCGUCUUUGCCCCUGGUGGUGGUGCCGCAGCACCAGGUGGUGGACGUUGGGUAUCCGCAGCAGCCGCAGUUCUCCGCCGGUGAUAUGGUGACACACAUGUCAGCGCAACUCACUCCUGUGGUUCCACCUGUCCGCUCGCUGCUCCCGCGCAGACCGCUAACCGUUUCGGUCGUUCAUAAUGAAGCCUUUGAGAAGGAGAAACGGACGCCAAAGGCCAAUCAAUUGUACCAGAACUCCGAGUUUUUGCUCGCUAAGGAUAGGAUCCCGGCCUCAGAUUCACAUGGGCGCAAGAAAUCCAAGCACCACAAGAAGAAGCACAGGUCCCAAGAAUCUCGUGGCGCAGACUUUGAUGCUGAGCGGAGGUUGUACUCUCAUGCAUUCAAGAAGUCCUCAUCUCUUCUGAGCCGACUAAUGAAGCACAAGUUUGGGUGGGUGUUCAACAAGCCUGUCGAUCCAGUUGCUCUUGGUUUGCAUGACUAUUUCACAAUUAUUAAGCACCCGAUGGAUCUUGGCACGAUAAGGGCACGGCUCAGCCAUGGGCAGUACAGGAACCCAAAGGAAUUUGCGGACGAUGUGCGGCUCACUUUCCAUAAUGCAAUGACAUAUAACCCCAAGGGACAGGAUGUGCAUUUCAUGGCAGAGCAGUUGUCAGGAAUCUUUGAGGCACAGUGGCCUGAGAUUGAGGCUGAGGUUAAUUAUCUCGCAUCGUGUCCUCCAUUGCCAAAGAAGUUUCCACCUCCACCGAUUGACCUGCGCUUCCUAGAGAGGUCAGAUUCCAUGAGACGCCAGAUGGCGUUGGACUCUUCAAGGCCAAUCAGUCAUACUCCCACAUAUUCCCGGACUCCAUCGAUGAAGAAACCAAGGGCAAAGGAUCCAAAUAAGAGGGACAUGACAAUAGAUGAGAAGCGUAAGCUUAGCGAGAACCUCCAGAAUUUGCCUCCAGAGAAGCUUGACGCCGUUGUACAAGUCAUUAAGAAUAAGAAUCUAUCAGUCAGGCAGCAUGAUGAUGAGAUUGAGGUUGAAAUUGAUAGCAUGGAUGCUGAGACACUUUGGGAGCUUGACAGGUUUGUGGCUAACUACAAGAAGAACCUGAGUAAGCAAAAGAGAAAGGCUGAGCGUGCAAUGCUUGCCAGACAAGAUGCAGAGUUGCGUGCACAGCACUCUAUACAGCAACCGCAACAACUGCAACAACCGCAACCAACCCAAGUCACCCAAGAACCCAAUGUUGGUGAAAAAUCUCCGAAGCAAAUGGAGAAAGAUUCGACGGCAGGCGAGCAACUGGCAGCGUCUGUGCCAGAGCAAAAUGAUGAGAAUAGACAAAACGCGAGUAGUUCAAGCAAUUCAAGCAGCUCCAGCAGUGAUUCAGGAUCAUCUUCUAGUGACUCAGACAGUGAUAGCUCCUCUUCAGAUGGAUCUGAUGCUGGCAAUUCUUCUUGAGAUAUAGGUUCAGAAGUUGGAGUAGACAGUAACUGUCUAAUUGUAUUUGACAUGACAAUGGCUCCGUAAGAUUGUACAUGUUUACCUUGUCUGGCUUAGGAAAACCCCCUGUAUUUUAAGUAGCAUUGUAUCUGGAUUCACCCGCUGAAGGCAGUAACUUGUAGGUUCCGGGGUGUACCGCCUAAUAAGACUGGGCUUGUUGCUGACACUCCUUGUCUCUGUACACAGUGUUGUUGCUAGGAGCCCCCUGGUUGGCUCAGUAGACUGUACAUUAAUCGUGUUUAGCUGUGUCGAUUGCAGUAUGUAGGAUUGUGAUUGCUGUAUGCAUUGACAAGCCAUUGUUUUCUUCCUUUGUGAACUGGAAAAAAAAAAGAUGACAAGCCAUAUUGCCACCC